AUGCAAUGGAGAGAUACUGCUUCCAUUGAGACCAAUACUUUAAAGUUGCCUCACCAGCUACCAUUGGUUACUUUUCCGACUGGAGUUACCUAUGAUUCAAAAGUAUCUCUCUGUAUGGUGGCUGUUGUUCAAACUGGUAGAAAUAUCAUCUAUGAUAAUAAUUAUGUUAGCAAUGAUCAAAUAUCUCUCACUCUCUAUCAAUGCUAA